AUGUCCACAGUCGUUAUUCUCGGUGCCGGUUACUCUGGAAUCGGCAUCGCUCACAAGCUCCUCAAGUAUACGCUGCCCAAGGUCAAGGGUUUGAAAGUCAUUCUGGUCUCGCUGUCCACGCAUCACUUCUGGAACCUGGGCUCAGUGCGGCGUGUCAUUCCCGGGGAAGUUCGAGAUGAUCAAAUCUUCCGCGAGAUCGCACCUGGCUUCGAGCAGUACCCAAAAGGGGCUUUUGAAUUUGUUGUUGGUAUGGCGACUGGAUUCGACCCGGCGAGCAAUAAAGCACAAGUCAAUAUCGGCGACGAGACAAGAGACAUCGAGUAUUCUCAUCUCGUUGUAGCCACGGGCGCAUCUUACCCAGCAAAGCUACCUUUCACAACCAUUGGACCCCAUGAUGAAAUGCUUGACUCUUGGAGCGAGCUGCAUGCCAAAGUUGAGCAGGCAGAAUCUAUUGUCAUCUCUGGCGCCGGCCCAACUGGCAUUGAGACAGCUGCCGAGCUCGCUUCCCAUCUCGGUAGCUCCAAAACCAUCACUGUCAUUCUCGAGGGCGACAACCCUCUCCGUGGUUUCAUGCCGCAAGUUGGGAAGAUUGCAGCCAAUGACCUCGUCGGUUUUGGCGCGAAGCUGGUUCGCAAUGCACGCGCUGUCAAUUCUACCAAAACUGACAGCGGUAAGACCGUCGUGGAGCUUUCCAACAGCAGCACCAUCGAGGCAGAUCUGUACCUCCCCUUGUACGGAAGCCGGCCCAACACGCAAUUCGUGCCGUCUCAUCUCCUCGAUGAUCGCGGGAAUCUCAAACUGGAAGCCAAUCUAAGGGUUCAAGGCCUCCACAAUGUCUGGGGAGUAGGUGACGUUGGCAAUCUGGAGAGCAAGCAGCUCAUAUACGCCGAGAGGCAAGCCCUGCACCUUGGCAGCAAUCUACACGCUGCGCUCACGGGAGGCAAUGUGAAACCGCUUCCAUCAACGGUUACUCCUCAAGUCUUUGUUACACUGGGGAAGAACAAAGGAACCGGGCAGUAUGGAUGGUUCAGGGUUCCAGGCUUUGGGAUCACCUCUACAAAGGGGAAAGAUUUCUUCAUGAGCAAGGGCGAUGGUCUCAUAGCCGGAAAGAAUAUUGUUCGAUCUCCCAUUUGA